AAUAAAUUUAUAUAUAUUAAUUUUACAUAAAAAACACGAAUUUAUUAAUUUUUUGGUUAAAUUAUUCGUUUUGGUUUAGUAUAACCCCACAAAAAUAUCACAAUGAAGGAUAUGUAUAAAGUUUCAUCGUUGAUGCAUUUACAAUAUUUGCAACAUCGCCAAAGGCUCAGAAAUGUGGUACCUCGAGUAGAUACAAGCUCGCCAAAGGUGCGUUUAACAAACAUAAGAGAAGCUUCCAAUUUAAUAGGAAUGAAAGAAGCACUGGCAAAUAAUAUAAAAAUGAUAAAGCAAAUUAUAACAAUUACGGCUGAUCCUGAUUUGAGAACAUUUAAUCAGCGUAAAAUACCUAUUAUGAAUAAUCGUGAACAUAUUGAUAUGAAACUUAAGAUGCUCGACAAGGAGAAUUACAAAUUUGGUUGCAGAUUAUUAAAUGCAAAACCCUUCGUUGAAACAAGACAUUAUGGUAGAUUUAAAUAUGCGGAUAAACCGAAAGAUACAAGCAAUCAAAUCAAAAUACCAGAAAGAAUUUUUAAUGCUUACGCUAAAAUAGUAUCUGAAAAAAGUUUGCCUCUUUUGAAACACCUUUUAAGGCCCAUCAUAUAUUUUGAUUUAGCAGUAGAAGAUAUAAGUGAACAAAGUCCCACACCAUUAGGCCGUGUGAAAAUUCAACUAUGCACUGAAGCUUGUCCUUCUGUGGUUCUUCAAUUUGUGCGUAUUUUUGCUCAUCAUAAAUCCAAGGCAAUUAAAUUUUUACGUAUAUUUUCAACAUUGUGGGUUGAAGGUGAAAUGAAAGUAGAAAAUGCACCAUCAAAACUAGAAAAAAGUAAAUUGCUUUUUAAUAACGAUAUUAUCGAUCACCAAACUACUGAAGGUGUAUUGUCUUUUUCAAAAAAAAUAUAUAAACGUUUCCAAAAUAAUUUACUCAAUUUUGCUAUCAGUUUUCGAGAAAUUUCCGCUGACAAAUGUGAUCGCAUGGCCAUUGGCGUUGUUAUACAGGGCAUGCCCGCAAUAAAAGGUCUACAGGCUUUCGGUACAACGCAUGGAAGCACUCGAAGUACACCUGUGAUUUUAAAUUGUGGGGUUGAAUAGGGAAUUACUGAUAAAUAGAGAUUAUACUAAAUACGCAAAGUUGAGAGUUAAGCACAAAUUUUUUUCUAUUUUGGAAAAACAUUUUGAACUUAAUUUUUGAAACUUUGUGUAUUUAGUAUUUUUUCAUAGUUUUUUCCACACGAGUAGCUAAAUUCUCUGUUCAUUCAAAUUUUUUGUGAAAUACUACUAGUUUUUUAUAUAUUUA